CUCUAAACAAACAUGGCGGACAGAAAGAAGAACUGGAACCUUCGAUGGUGCUCCCAGUUUUAAAUUCGAAAUAAACCCGCGUUUUUCUUUUUUUAUAGAGACUAAACGAGUCAUUAAAAGAUGUGAGUGUUUCUUUCACUUUGUAAAACAGCACCGAAGAUACUGAGGACUGAUUUUAACAACAGCGACCUGUGGAGGAAACUUCCACCUGCGGCUAAUUACGCUAAUUAUGUUAAUGGUGCUAACGAUGCUAACCGGACCAGGCUGUCGAGGCUCCUCAAAGACAACGUCACAUCUUCUACUACAAAGCUCAUCUCCAGUCUCCACUUGUCCAUGUUUCGUGUGUCAGUCAUGAACGUGAUCAGCACUAGGACCCAGAGCAGAGCAGCUGUCAGAGUCCGUGCAGUAAAUAUAGCAGCGGCAUGUCGAUCAGAGCAGUCGGGGGUCAUGAGGAGACCUGAACAGACCAGAUCAACCUGAAGCGUCCUCCGUCUGCAGGAGGGAACAGGAAACACUUUUCCUCUGAAAACCACAGAGAGUUUAUCUGAAGAGAGCCGGGACCUGAACGUCAGCUGACGGCUGCAUGUGGCAGGUUCCUGUGAGCAUCAGUGCCUGAGUAAGGAAGCCUGUGAGGGUCAGCUCUGCAGGAUGCUGCAGCUGUGUAAAGUCACCAGCGCUCUGUUCAUCAGUAACGCGCGCUCAGCCUGCAGCGACGAGCUCCUCCAGAAGGAGGCGGUGACGCUCUGCAUCAACGUGUCCAAGCAGCAGCCGUUUCCCUCCGCCGCCACUAUCACCAAGCUUCAGAUCCCCGUGUACGACGACCCCAACGAGGACUUGUACGCUCACUUCGACCGCUGUGCCGACACCAUCCAGAAAGAGGCGAACCGUGGAGGACGCAGCGUCGUCUACUGCAAGAAUGGACGCAGCCGCUCGGCCACUGUCUGCAUUGCCUACCUGAUGAAACACCGCAGAUUGACGCUGACCGAUGCACUGCAGAAAGUGAAGACGGCUCGUCACGAGAUCGAUCCAAACCCCGGCUUCCUGUCUCAGCUGCAGAGAUAUGAGCAGGAGCUGAAGAAGAGACGAGGACAGACGGACUGACAGACAGACAGGUGGACGUCCGUCUGCUCCACCAGACGCCUUCACACUGACCUGAAAUCAGCCUGCAGGGCAUCAGGCCGUCCUGCGGUCCAGUGUACGACGAUCUGCCAAUCAGCAGCUGACCACAGGACGAGGGACCUGCCGAGGGAGGGGGAGACAGCGAGGAAUCAGUCAACAGCACAUUUUAAGUCAGAGCUGCCACACUUUUCUAAUGAUUAAUUUCAGUUCAGCAUCACUCCUGGACUCACUGGGUCUGAUUUCUGAUGUGAAACGCAGACAGUCACAGUGUGGCCACUACAACACAACUAGCAGAGCUAAAGCCACUCAUAAAAAGUCUUCCCCAAGUCUUUGUAAACAUCGAAACUAAUCUACGGUCAGAACGCUCGCCUGUUAUAUUAAUGAAAUCAUAUAAAUAAUGUGUUAGAUUGAUUUGGUACUGCUCAAAGUAUCAGGUUACUGUAACGUGGUACAAAAAUUUGUAUAUCAGUUACUCUCCGUGUGUCACCUUGGAAUUGUACAGAAAACUUUUCUCUCAUGCCUCUAUGGCCAGGGCUGAAAAUUAACUUUUUGGCUCACCAGCCACGGGGACUGGUAGAUGAAAAAAAUCCAUAUUUUUUACCAGCCAAAAUAAUGAAUUGCCUUUUUCUGUCACAUAAACAUUUGUUUCAGUACUUUUUAUUGAGAUAAUACAGUAUUAAGUUGAAUACAAGCUUAAAGGAGCAUAGCAAAAUUAGUUAAAUAUUAUCAAGUUUUGAGCUCAAAAUUCCAUUUGCACUUUGUACUUCAAACAUGACGGUAAAUUGGUUUUUUUUUUGUAAACCUUCCAGAUGCUUAUUAAUCAUGUAACUUAAACCUCCUCAGACCUCCUUUCUUUUUUUUCUCUAAUGUUACAACUUCAUCCUCGUCUGUGUUUUUUCGUUUUGUCGCUGGUUUACUUACACCUGGUAAUCUGCCACAUGACACCUGUGGUGAUAGCUUGCUUGCUACUAACAGCAGAUCAUGGAUCUAGGCGCGGGAUAUGCCUACGUGCACACGCGUCGUCCGAGUAGGCGUACAGGUUCCUUGAUGAUGCAGCGGGGAGCAAUUAAAGGGAAAUUUCGGUUU